CCCCUAAUCAAAAACCCUAGCUGCCCAUAAAUACUGUUUUAUACUACUCUCAUCCUGCCUCUCUGCUGCAAUUCUUCUUAGGAUUCAAUCCCAAUGGCUUCAGAGAAGAAAUUGUCGAACCCAAUGAGGGAAAUCAAAGUCCAGAAGCUCGUCCUCAACAUCUCAGUUGGUGAGAGUGGAGAUCGUCUCACCCGUGCUGCCAAGGUGCUUGAGCAACUCAGUGGCCAAACCCCCGUAUUCUCGAAAGCAAGGUACACUGUUCGAUCCUUUGGGAUUAGAAGAAAUGAAAAAAUUGCAUGCUAUGUUACUGUUAGAGGUGAGAAAGCAAUGCAGCUUUUGGAGAGUGGUCUGAAAGUGAAGGAAUACGAACUUCUAAGGCGAAACUUUAGUGAUACUGGGUGUUUCGGCUUUGGUAUUCAGGAGCACAUUGAUCUGGGGAUCAAAUAUGAUCCCUCAACUGGCAUUUAUGGUAUGGACUUUUAUGUUGUACUGGAACGCCCGGGUUAUCGUGUUGGCCGUCGUCGUAGGUGCAAGUCUCGUGUUGGUAUUCAGCAUCGCGUCACUAAGGAAGAUGCCAUGAAGUGGUUUCAGGUGAAAUAUGAAGGUGUGAUCCUUAACAAAGCUCAAACUAUUUUUGGUUAGAUCCGAGAUCCGAUUUCUCAAGAGUGAGUCACAAGUUUUGUUAAUUGUAGUCUAUUAACGUUACUUGGACUAAAUCAGCUGAAGUUACUAUUAGGACGCGAAUUUUAUAAUGGUUCAGGUGAUAGAGCUAUUUUCUACUUUGUAUCAUUGACUUUUGGCAUCAAUGUUGUUAUGACGCUGUCACAACUUCGGGGAUGAAGGAUGAAUGUUUUGCCUCGUGGUUUUGUUUAUAUAGCACUUGCUGGUUUUAAUUCC